GCCACCGGAUGCAAACCUAUUUAUAUUCUCUCCUUAAUUCCCCAUCUCUCUCGUCCGCCUGCGCUUCCUCCUCCGCAUCCCCUCCUCUUCUCCGACGUCUUCCCCUCGCAUCCGGCCGCCGAAACCCUAACCCUAGCCGUCACCUCCGCCGCCGCUAUGGCGAGCAGCAACGUCUCCACCGUCUACAUCUCCGUCAUCGAUGACGUCAUCUCCAAGGUUCGCGAGGAUUUCAUCACCUACGGAGUCGGCGACGCCGUCCUCAACGAGCUUCAGGCUCUCUGGGAGAUGAAGAUGCUGCACUGCGGCGCAAUCUCGGGGAACAUCGACCGCACCAAGGCAGUCGGCGCGUCCACUGGAGGCACCGCCGGAGCGACCCCUCCCGUGCACGACCUCAACGUGCCCUACGAGGCCACAUCCGAGGAGUACGCCACCCCGACAGCUGACAUGCUAUUCCCACCGACGCCGCUGCAGACCCCGAUUCAGACUCCUUUGCCAGGGACGGAUGCAGGGAUGUACAACAUACCUACUGGCCCUUCUGAUUAUGCACCAUCACCAAUCAGCGAUGUCAGAAACGGGAUGGUGAUUAAUGGGGCGGAUCCAAAAACUGGCCGCCCGAGCCCCUACAUGCCACCACCUUCCCCUUGGAUGAACCAGAGGCCACUUGGUGUUGAUGUGAAUGUUGCGUAUGUGGAGGGCCGUGAGGAUCCUGACAGGGGUGUGCAGCCUCAGCCACUGACUCAGGAUUUUCUGAUGAUGUCUUCUGGAAAACGUAAGAGGGAUGAGUAUCCUGGUCAGCUCCCUUCUGGUUCUUUUGUACCACAACAAGAUGGAAGUGCAGAUCAGAUAGUAGAAUUUGCUGUGUCAAAGGAGAAUGCACACCAACUUUGGAGUUCCAUCAUGAACAAACAAGAAACAUCAACCAAGUCAGUCACUCCAGUUAUUCCGCAGCGUGAUGGGAUUCAAGAUGACUAUAAUGAUCAAUUUUUCUUCCCAGGAGUUCCAACUGAAGAUUAUAAUACCCCUGGAGAAUCUGCGGAGUAUCGUGCUCCCACACCUGCUGUUGCAACACCAAAACCAAGAAAUGAUGAAGGGGAUGAUGAUGAUGAACCUCCUCUUAAUGAAGACGACGACGACGACGACGAGUUAGAUGACCUCGAGCAAGGGGAGGAUGAACCAAACACACAACAUCUUGUACUUGCACAAUUUGACAAAGUGACGAGGACAAAGAAUCGUUGGAAGUGCACUUUGAAGGAUGGAAUCAUGCAUUUGAAUGGCAGAGAUGUUCUAUUUAACAAGGCGACGGGGGAGUUUGAUUUUUAAUUUUUUGGAUCAUUUAGAAGCUUCUGUAUGGACAUAUGUCUUUGACAUAAGGACGGGGAGGUGACAAAAGUCUUCUUGGUGAGGUCCAGGCAGUAUGACAUUGCGCCGUGUUUUUCUGUUGAGGCUUUGCUUCGUCCAGUAGGUUUGUCACCGCAACUGUUAUCGCUGUAAAAAUGUUACUGCUGGGACUACUGCGUAGACAUUUUGCUAAGAUGAUCUCUUAAAGCCUAUGCGGAACUAUAUUAUCUGAUUUAUGCUAGAUAUACAUUUUCUUUAAGACUA